CCGAAACCGCUCUCCUACAAAGACCUUCCCACAACCGACACUGCAAUUCCGUCUUCGCCAGCUCCCAAGACUCUCGACUUAACCCUCCGCACCGGGUCUCUCUUUGACGCGCCACCAGGCACGCUGCUCUUGCACGCGUGCAACACGCAAGGAUCGUGGGGCGCAGGCAUCGCGCUGGCAUUCAAGCAGCAGUACCCCAAAGCGUACGCGAUCUACCACGAUUUCUGCACCACAGAGCACUCGUUCAAAGGCGGGAACCCCGUUCCGGUCGGUACGACGCUGUUGAUUCCGCCGGUGGACGGAGCCGAGGGCCACUGGAUCGGGUGCCUGUUUACGAGCCGCCAGUACGGAAAGCGCAAAGAUAGCGUCGCGGAGAUACUGCAGAAUACGGGGCGUGCGAUGGAGGCGUGCUUGGCGUUGGCGCAGUUGGCGGGCGAGCAGGCGAUCAGCGGGGUGAGGAUGUGUAGGAUUAAUAGUGGCAAGUUUGGGGUGCCGUGGUUACGGACGGAGGUCGUGUUGAGAGGGAUUGUGGUCAGGGAGGGGUGGAUAGAUAGAGUGGAAGUGUGGAACCCGAAG